UUUGUGACUUGGGGGCGGCCUAGGGCAGAUUUGUGCAGUAAAAUGCUAAGACUAAAGUGCUUAGACUAAGUACUUUCCAAAUCUAAUCUGAAGUGAAUGAGUGAUGAUUCUUACUGCUAACUCCACCUAAACUUGGCGGAUUUAUUUUUGCACAAAAAGAAUAAUGUGUUUUGAUGAUUUUCUUGUGGAGACAGUCACAUAAAGCGGCCCAUGGGAGUCGAGCUGAAACUCCCUACCUUUCUUUGCCUGUCCAUCUGCCCGCCUCCCCUGCACAGCAGAAAUGUGAACUGCACCUGAGCUAGGUCGUGCAUGAGGAAGAAUGACUGCCGAAAGUCACCGACACACCUGUUCCAAGACAGAGGUUUCCCUGGCAGGUCCGACAAAAGUCAUUAUCCAUUCAUUUCACUAAUCCCCGUCGGCUGCGGGUCAACUUGGACCACGAUGGAGGAGUGCUGCCUGUCUGCAGACGAAGCGGACUCACUCCGGAUACACCGAGAAAUAGAAAGACAACUUCGUCGAGACAAAAGAGAAUCUCACCGGGAGUUGAAGCUGCUGCUUUUAGGAACUGGGGAAAGUGGGAAGAGCACUUUCAUCAAACAGUUGAGGAUCAUUCAUGGUAGUGGAUACACUGAAGCUGACAGGAAAGGUUUCACCCAGCUGGUGUUUCAGAACAUCAUCACAGCCAUCCAGAUGCUGAUUGAUGCCAUGCGCACUCUACAGAUCGACUACGUCGACGUCAAGAACGCUAGCCACGCAGAGAAACUGAGCCAAGUGGAGACAGACCAGGUGUCUGUUUUGGAGGCCUGGCAGGCGGACGCCAUUAGGGAAGUGUGGAAUGACCACGGCGUUCAAAGGUGCUACGACCGCAGGAGGGAAUUCCAGUUAUCUGACUCUGCCAAAUAUUACCUGAGCGACAUCGACAGAAUCACAGCCCCGUUAUACAUCCCCACACUGCAGGACAUCUUGAGGGUCCGGGUGCCCACCACAGGCAUCAUCGAGUACCCCUUCAACCUGUCAAAAGUUAUCUUCAGGAUGGUGGAUGUCGGCGGUCAGCGUUCAGAAAGGAGGAAAUGGAUCCACUGUUUUGAGAACGUCACCUCCAUCAUUUUCCUGGCAGCCCUCAGCGAGUAUGAUCAGGUCCUGUAUGAAAAUGCAGAUGAUAAUCGACUGAAAGAGAGCCUCGCCUUGUUCCACACCAUCCUCUCAUACUCUUGGUUUCAAGAAUCCUCUACCAUCCUCUUCCUGAACAAAACAGACUUGCUAGAGGAGAAAAUCACACAGUCUCAUCUGGCAACCUACUUCCCAGCCUAUAAAGGACCUCAGUGUGAUGCUGAAUCUGCAAAAAAGUUCAUCUUGAAAAUGUACAUUGAGCAGCACAGUGGGCAUCAGAAACCCCUUUACACACACUUUACCUGCGCCACGGACACAGAGAACAUCCGAGUCGUCUUCAAAGCCGUCCGAGAUACACUGUUCAGGGAAAACCUUGAAAAGUUCAACUUGGAAUAAGUAGGACAAUAUGAUGCUUCCACUCUUAGGAACAAGAAGCUCCUCACAUGUUGUAACACUCUUAUGGACAUUUUAUCAGUUGUGCUGUCGUGCACUGAGACAGCGGUGUCAAGUAAGGCAUUCAUCUCAGCAUCAAGUACCAUUUGUUUGCAUCACCAUGAUUCAUAAAAGGUUCAAAUGUUUUCUGUUGCUACGGGACAGAAAUUGAAAACUGCAGGGUCAGAUGACUGAGCUAUUGGAGACUGGCUCCUUUUAUUUCAUUCGUUUAACAAAGCAUUAGCAAAUGUCAUCAAACUGGUUUCGCAAAGUCUUGCUGAACAGAAAUGCAGGUUAGCCUACUCACAGCUCUGUGAGGAGGGGUCGAAAGUUAAUCUGCAGGGUGUUAUCAAGGCUAAUGAUUUUAUGUGUACAACAACUAUGGAGUCUAUGAUAUCGCUUUCAUGAAUUUUAACUAAAUAUAAAUAUUUAAACCACA